CGCCUUCUGCAGCCUGCGGAGCCCAGGCUGUUGGGCAAUUGUGGUUUCCUCUGAGCCGAAGCCGCUCAGCGCGGGCCCUACCGGGCAUCCUGGGCCUCGUCUGAUUGGACAUGGAGGAGACAGUCGUGCGGCCCUCUGUAUUUGUGGUGGAUGGACAAACAGACAUCCCAUUCAGGAGGCUGGGGCCGAGCCACAGGAGACAGUGCUGCAGCCCUGCGCGGCUCAGCCUGGCUCUCCUGCUGCUGCUGCUGGGCGCCGGGCUGGCCGUCCAGGGCUGGUUCCUGCUGCAGCUUCACUGGCGCCUGGGGGAAGUGGUCACCCGCCUGCCGGACCCAGACGCAGGCUCCAGGGAGAAGCUGAGGCAAGAGCAGAGAUCCCCCCAGGCCAACCCAGCAGCGCACCUCACAGGGGCCAAUGCCAGCUUGGUGGGCAGUGGGGGCCCGCUGCUGUGGGAGACGCAGCUGGGCCUGGCCUUCCUGAGGGGCCUCAACUACAGCAACGGGGCCCUGGUGACCACCGAGGCUGGCUACUACUAUGUCUACUCCAAAGUGCAGCUGGGUGGCAUCGGCUGUCCCCAGGGCCCCACUGGUGGCCUUCCCAUCACCCACGGACUCUACAAACGCACCCCUCGCUACCCCAAGGAGCUGGAGCUGCUGGUCAGCAGGCGGUCCCCCUGUGGGCGGGCCAACAGCUUCCGCCUCUGGUGGGACAGCAGCUUCCUGGGUGGCGUGGUGCACCUGGACGCCGGGGAGGAGGUGGUGGUCCGAGUGCCCGAGGAGCGCCUGAUCCGGCUCCGUGAUGGCACCCGCUCCUAUUUCGGAGCCUUCAUGGUGUGAAAGAGUGGACGGACUGGGGACCCCACCCGCAAGGACGUCCACGCGGGCCACAGGGGACCAGAAACCCAGCAGGCAGAGACCCCGGAGGACCCCCGGAGGGGGGGGUUCAGCGGACGCCACUGGGAGGCGGAAGACCCACAGGCCCUGGGAAGACCCCCGCAGACUGCGGAGCUGCCUGGGACACAGACAGACAGACUGGACGCGGGGUCCCAGGCCUUGCGGGCUGCACGGAUUUGCCUGAUAUUCAGGAAGAGGGGAUGCGGGUAUUUAUACUUUGGAUCAGGGAGAAGGUGGCGUAAAGGCUCCCGGGAUUGGCUGGGGACGCGCGUGGGCAGAGGAUUGAUCACAGGACUUUCCACGUGGAGAACUCAGCCCUGCUCCGCCCGAAGUCACAGUCACAGUCACAGUCAGGUCACACACUCUGGGCUCGCCCACAGAUUUCCAGCGUUGCCAGUUACCAUGGUUUCCGGCCCCACCACAGGGUGUUUCCAGUUACCAGGUAGCACCAGCGGCUGGCUGGUCCCCCGACAAGGACACUGUCACGGGGACCAAGCAUGCAGCCAGCACUCAGGGACGCUUGCUGAUUAAAAGAAAGGAUGACGGGGUAGUCACUGCUCUGGCCUCAUGCGGAGUCCUGCUCACGGCUCCGCCACCUCCGUGGUGCCACUCCCAACUACAGACUCACACAAGCGCCCGAUCCACGCACAACUGCACCAUCCCACCAAGACCAGUCGCCACCGUCCUGAUGCUGCGUGACACACACAUGUGAUGCCAGCAUGCGACACCCACAGCCGCCCGCACCGGUGUCACCGUCACAUGUGAGUGUUCAUGGCAUGCGACACCCACCCGCCACAUUGGGGUGAGACCUGGUUCCUCACGGUGACAGACCCCACACCACACACACACAGCCUGAGGUUCCUGCCCAGCCCAGGUUCACAUCCCGGGCUUAGCAGGAGACCUCGCAGGGAGUCCUCUGCCCCUUGACCACGGUCCUCGAAAUAAAUGGCAGAACUGCA